GGCCCCGGCUCAGGCUGCGGCGAGCGGCGGGCGCGGACGCGCCUGGGCCCGGCGAGGUCGGGGGAUCGGCGUGGCGGGAGCUCCGCAGCUGGCCGCGGGACACCAGCGCCGGGCGGGCGGGCGGGCGGCGCGCUCGCGGCCUCUCCUCCGCGUCCCCGCAUCUCCGCGUGCGCGCUCCUCCGGAGAGGACCUGGAGGAAGCAGGUGGUUUUCUAGAAGAUGACCAUAGAGGACCUUCCAGAUUUUCCAUUAGAAGGAAAUCCUUUGGUUGGAAGAUACCCAUUUUUAUUCCCAGGUUCUGAAACACCAGUUGUCUUUUCUAUUUCUGCAGCACCAAUGCCUUCAGACUGUGAGUUUUCUUUCUUUGAUCCUAAUGAUGCCUCAUGCCAGGAAAUUCUCUUUGAUCCCAAAACAUCAGUCUCUGAAUUAUUUGCUGUUUUAAGACAAUGGGUUCCUCAGGUCCAGCAAAACAUCGACGUAAUUGGAAAUGAGAUUUUGAAAAGAGGCUGUAAUGUGAACGACAGAGAUGGGCUGACAGAUAUGACUCUUUUACAUUAUACCUGCAAGUCUGGAGCUCAUGGCAUCGGUGAUGUUGAGACAGCUGUAAAAUUUGCAGCUCAGCUUAUUGGUCUGGGAGCAGAUGUGAGCUUGCGGAGCCGUUGGACAAACAUGAAUGCUUUGCAUUAUGCUGCAUAUUUUGAUGUUCCAGAACUUAUAAGCGUGAUUCUGAAGACAUCAAAGCCAAAAGAUGUGGAUGCCACUUGCAGUGACUUUAGCUUUGGGACGGCCUUGCAUAUUGCGUCGUAUAACUUGUGUGCAGGAGCUGUGAAGUGCUUGCUGGAGCACGGAGCCAACCCUGCAUUCAGGAACGACAAAGGGCAGAUCCCUGUGGAUGUUGUCCCAGACCCUGUGGAUAUGCCAUUAGAAAUGGCCGAUGCAGCCGCCACCGCUAAAGAAAUCAAGCAGAUGCUCUUGGACGCCGUGCCUGUGUCCUAUACUGCCCCGAAGGCCAUGCUUCCAAGCUAUGAUCACAUUGCCAGCAAGGCCAUGCUUGCAUCCCUUGGCCUGAAGUUGGGCGACCGUGUUGUCAUUGCAGGACAGAAGAUUGGGACAUUAAGAUUCUGUGGAACAACUGAAUUUGCAAAUGGGCAGUGGGCUGGCAUUGAAUUGGAUGAGCCAGAAGGAAAAAAUAAUGGAAGUGUUGGAAAAGUCCAGUACUUCAAAUGUGCCCCCAAAUAUGGUAUUUUUGCACCUCUUUCAAAGAUAAGUAAAGCAAAAGACCGGAGGAAGAACGUCGUGCAUGCUUCUUCCACAAAAGCCGCGCCUCUUACCAGGUCCCUGAAGGCAGAUGUGGCUCCUAUCAUGUCAAAAGUGAACUCCGGAAUGACAUCAUCAAAGAAAGAGAACACUUCCGAGUCAGCCCUGCCUGGGCCUCUCAGGAAAGAACUGAACGCUGCCACCGAGAAAGAGGUUUCCCUGCAUGGAACUAUCAGCAGCUCCUCCUCCACAUCUUCUUUGGAACAUAAACAGAACAUCUCCAAGAAAACGAAUGCAAGCAACAGUAGCAAGAAGACCACAAGCAAAAGCCCUUCUCUGUCCUCCAGAGCCAGUGCUGGUUUGAAUUCUUCAACAACAUCUGUAGCAAAUAAUCCCCGCGGCGAAGGAGAACUCCACCUGGGAGAUCGAGUGUUGGUGGUAGGCCAGAGAGUUGGUACCAUUAAAUUCUUUGGGACAACAAACUUUGCUCCAGGGUAUUGGUAUGGUAUAGAGCUUGAAAAACCUCAUGGCAAGAACGAUGGUUCAGUUGGAGGUGUGCAGUACUUUAGUUGUUCUCCAAGAUACGGAAUAUUUGCUCCUCCAUCCAGAGUGCAGAGAUUAACGGAUUCCCUGGAUACGCUUUCAGAAAUUUCAAAUAAACAGAAUCAUUCUUAUCCUGGUUUUAGGAGAAGUUUCAGCACAACUUCUGCCUCAUCCCAAAAAGAGAUCAACAGGAGAAAUGCUUUUGCCAAGUCGCGGACGGCUCUGCGCCGCAGCUGGAGCAGCGCGGCCACGGCGGGCGCGGGCGGGCUGGAGGCCGGCGCCCGGCUGCAGGAGGGCGCGCAGGUCCUGCUCACCAGCUCCAGCGAGAUGGCCACCGUCAGGUACGUGGGCCCCGCCGACUUCGCCGCGGGCAUCUGGCUGGGCCUGGAGCUCCGGAGCGCCAAAGGGAAGCACGACGGCGCCGUGGGGGACAAACGCUACUUCACCUGCAAACCCAACCACGGAGUCCUCGUGAGGCCGAGCAGGGUGACCUACCGGGGCAUUAACGGGUCCAAGCUGGUGGAUGAGAACUGCUGACUUGGACUUCCAAAGUGUUAACUGAGCAUAUAUACAGACGUAGAAGUGUGUGUGUGUGUGUAUAC